GCGAAUUGGAAAGCUUUGGGGUUUGAGUUUGGGUUGUGAAGCGUAAAACCCAAAACCUUAAACCUCACACAAGAACCCUCGAACGUUUCUCUCUCCUCCUUCUGCCGCCAAAACCUUCUUCUUCGCCUUUCCCAUCGUCACCUUCUCACUAUACCACCUUUCUCUUCUCCAGCAUCCUCAUGGCUAACACCACUGAGGGUGCGACGGAGUCAGUCGAGGCGGUUCAGUUCAGUUUCUAUACAGAUGAAGAGGUUCGUAAGCAGAGUUUUGUAAAAAUUACAAGCCCAAAUUUGCUUGAUAAUGUGGAGAGACCCAUCCCCGGUGGACUCUAUGAUCCGGCUUUGGGAUCUUUAGAUGAAAGAACACUAUGCAAAUCUUGUGGUCAGCGUUCAUUUAGCUGCCCAGGUCAUUGUGGUCAUAUUGAUCUCGUUUCUCCGGUCUAUAAUCCCAUGCUAUUCAAUAUCCUUUACAGUCACUUACAAAGAACUUGUUUCUUCUGUUAUCAAUAUAGGUCGGGUCCAAUAGCGGUUAAGAAAUGUGUUUCCCAGUUGGAACUUAUCUUGAAAGGUGAUGUUGUCGGGGCAAAGGCCUUAGAUUCUGAUUUGCCUGACAAGUCUUCUGAUCCAAAUGACAAUGUUGGGAGGAAGAGCAAGUAUGCUGGUGUCAAGAAUAUAAAGCAGCACAAAUGGACCUCUUUUGAGCUCACUGAAGCAAUGACUGUUUUGAAGAACUUUAUGAAGCUUAAACCUAAGAAAUGUGAAUCUUGCGAUGCAUAUAAUCCUAAAAUAGUCAAACCUACUUUUGGAUGGUUUCACAUGGAACCUUAUAAUGAACAAGAUAUUAGAAGUAAUGUUAUGGCGGGAAAAAAAUUAAAAUGGCCACUUGUAGAUGCAGAGUUGUUGCCUGAGGAAGAAAUCAUUCAUGAUUCACCAACUGAAGGUGGUGAUGCUAUCAUGGAUACUCAAGCUACCUCUACAAAGAGUCGUAAAAAAAGUGAAGAGUGCAACAACACUGGUGAGGAAUUCAAACAGAGAAAAGCUUUUACUGGACCUCUGUUGCCACAAGAGGUUAAAGAGAUUAUGAAGCUCUUGUGGAAAAAUGAGGCUGAACUAUUUACGUUAAUUAGUGACAUCCAGAGUCGGGGAGUUGGAAAUAAAGCAGAUCAAUCUAUGUUUUUCUUAGAGACUGUUCUUGUACCUCCAAUCAAAUUCCGCCCCCCGUCCAAGGGUGGUGAUUCUGUGAUGGAACAUCCUCAAACUGUUUUGUUAAGUAAGGUUCUCCAGGCCAAUAUUGAUUUGGGAAACGCUCAUAUUAAUAAGUUGGAAUACUCGAAGAUUGUACGCAGGUGGAUGGAUCUUCAGCAGUCUAUAAAUUUGAUGUUUGAUAGCAAAACAGCUGCUGGGAAAAAAAAUGCUGCUCCAGGAAUAAUUCAGUUGCUGGAGAAGAAAGAAGGCUUGUUUCGACAGAAAAUGAUGGGGAAGAGAGUUAAUUUUGCAUGCCGGUCUGUCAUAUCACCAGAUCCCUAUUUGGCUGUCAAUGAAAUUGGAAUUCCUCCUUACUUUGCUCUAAGAUUAACAUAUCCUGAAAGAGUUACUCCAUGGAAUGUAGCGAAGUUAAGGGAUGCUAUCGUCAAUGGUCCUGAAAUUCAUCCUGGGGCUACACACUAUGUAGACAAGAUGUCUACUAUCAAAUUAGCACCAAGCAGAAGAGCACGUAUUUCAAUAUCGAGAAAAUUACCUUCUUCUAGAGGGGCUAUUGUGCAAAAUGGAAGUAGUUUUGAUAAUGAAUCUGAAGGCAAGUUUGUACAUCGUCACUUGCAAGAUGGUGAUAUCGUGCUUGUCAAUCGACAGCCUACACUUCACAAGCCCAGUAUAAUGGCCCAUGUAGUUCGUGUGUUGAAGGGAGAGAAAACAAUUCGAAUGCACUAUGCAAACUGCAGUACUUAUAAUGCUGAUUUCGAUGGUGAUGAAAUGAAUGUACAUUUUCCGCAAGAUGAAAUUUCUCGUGCAGAAGGAUAUAACAUCUUAAAUGCAAACAAUCAAUAUGUCAAGCCUACUAGUGGCGAACCUAUUCGAGCCUUGAUCCAGGAUCAUAUUGUGAGUGCUGUUCUCCUCACAAAGAAGGAUACUUUUCUAAAUCGGGAUAAGUUUAACCAGCUUCUUUAUAGUACUGGUCUUUCAACUACUAGGUCAAGUGCUUCCUCCAAAAACUCUGGGAAUAAAGUUUUUCUGGCAGAUUUCGAAGUUGAGAUUCAAUCCCUUAUGCCUGCUAUUUGGAAACCAGAGCCCCUCUGGACAGGAAAACAGGUUAUUACUGCCUUGCUAAACCAUAUCACUAAGGGGUUUCUACCAUUUACUGUUGAAAAGAGUGGGAAAAUCCCCCGUGACUUUUUUAACAGUAAAGCAAUUGAUGAUGAAACAAGUAGGAAAAAAGAAGUUGAUAAAGAUGGAGAAAAGGAAUCAAAGAAAAAGAGAAAAGCUGAUCAUUCUGAAUCAAAGAGAAAGGAAGAUUCGAUAAAAGAAAAAAAAUCUGAUAAAGAUGAAUUGAAGAUGAAUGAAGAGCUUGAGGAGGACAAAUUAUUUAUCUAUAAAAACAACUUUGUCCGUGGUGUCAUUGACAAGGCUCAAUUUGCUGAUUAUGGUUUGGUCCAUAUAGUUCAUGAACUCUAUGGCUCAAAUACAGCUGGUGUUUUGCUUUCUGCAUUGAGUCGUUUAUUUACUGUUUUCUUGCAGAUGCAUGGAUUCACAUGUGGAGUUGAUGAUCUUUUGCUAGUGGAAAGUAAAGACAGAGAAAGGAAGAGUUUACUUGAAAAGUGUGAAGAGGUUGGUGAAGAAGUUCACCGUGAGUUUGUUGGGGUCAAAGAUAAUGAAAAAAUAGAUCCCUUUACCCUGCAACAUAAAAUUGAAAAAACUAUUCGUGUAAAUGGAGAAGCCGCCUUGGCAUCCUUGGAUCGGAAAAUGAUUAGUAGACUUAAUGAUAUAACAAGCAAAUCUGAGGAGAUCAAAGGGUUGUUGUCUGUUGGAUUACUAAAACACCCUAGCAAGAAUUGUAUUUCUCUUAUGACAACAUCUGGGGCUAAAGGUGGUGCUGUGAAUUUCCAGCAAAUAUCUUCACAUUUAGGCCAACAAGAACUUGAAGGAAAGCGAGUUCCUCGAAUGGUUUCUGGAAAAACAUUACCUUGCUUUCCUCCCUGGGAUUGGGCAUCUCGUGCUGGAGGCCUUGUAGUAGAUCGCUUUCUUUCUGGUCUUCGCCCUCAGGAGUAUUACUUCCAUUGUAUGGCUGGUCGUGAAGGAUUGGUUGAUACAGCAGUAAAAACAUCUCGCAGUGGAUACCUGCAACGGUGCUUGGUAAAAAAUAUGGAAGGCCUUAAAGUGAACUAUGAUCAUACUGUUCGUGAUUCUGAUGGUUCAAUUGUUCAAUUUCGUUAUGGAGAAGAUGGUGUAGAUGUUCAUCAAACAAGCUUUCUUGCAAAUUUUGAAGCACUGGCAGUGAAUAAAGAAACAAUCUUCAAGAAGUGUUGUCGCCAAUUUGAAAAAUCAAAUCCUUACAUUAAGAAUUUGCCAUCUGUUCUUGAAAAGAAGGCAGUAAAACUUAUAAAAAAGUUAUCAUUGGAGAAAAAUCAUAAUGGCUCAAAUCAGGAUUUAUUGAAGUUAAUGGAGCAUAAGUAUCUCUCAAGUCUUGCUCAACCGGGAGAACCGGUUGGUGUUCUUGCUUCUCAGUCAGUAGGAGAACCAUCAACACAGAUGACGCUGAACACUUUUCACCUUGCUGGUCGAGGUGAGAUGAAUGUGACCCUUGGAAUUCCUCGUCUCCAAGAAAUCCUGAUGACCGCUUCUAAAGAUAUUAAGACUCCAGUUAUGACAUGUCCACUGCAAGAUGACAGAUCAGAGGAAGAUGCGAAAAGUCUCGCUAAUGGUCUGAAGAAAGUCACUGUGGCAGACAUUAUUGAGAGUAUGACAGUAACUGUUAAGCCAUUUGCCCUUGAAGAUAAUAGAAUUUGCCGUAUUUAUAAGCUUAAGAUGAAGCUUUACAAACCUCCAGUUUAUGCUGGUAUCGACACAGCUGACUGGGAAGACACCCUAAGUGUUGACUUUGUUAGGGCGUUGGAGGAUGCAAUAGAAUCUCAUAUAAAGUUGCUCAAAAAAAUUAAGGGAAUAAAAGAUGUUGAAGUAAAAUCUCAAUCCGAGGGUCCAGAUGAGAAUGAUGAAGAUUCUUCCGAAAGAUCUCGACGUGAGGAAGAGGAUGGUGAUGAUGGUGAGGAUGAUGGUGAAGGGUUGGAUGAUUUUGGUUCGGAUGCACAAAAACGAAAGCGACAAGUUACAGAUGAGAUGGAUUAUGAAGGUAGCUCUGGAGAGGAGGAUAAUAAAGAGGAUGUAUCAGAUGAUUCUGAAAGUGAAAAUGAUGAUGGUAACAACAAAGUUGAAUUUAGCAAGGAUGACAAAAGUGGGAUUCUGGAAUCUGAAAAUGGACCACCUGGAAGUCCUUCAGGAGUUGGAAACUUGUCGACGUCAAAAUCAAAAAAAGAAAAGGUCAAAGCAAGAGCCAAACCCAAGAGGAACAGGAGAUUUCUAAAUAAAAUUGAUUCGGACCGACGUAUUAAGUUGAAGGUUACGAAACAGGACUUUAAGAUCCAUUUCAGAAUUAUAGAAGCCCAUAUUCUGCUGGCCCAGAUUGCUCAGAAGGUAGCCAACAAGGUACACUUUGAAAGCUCUGGAAAAUUCGAUCACUGUCAACAAAUCACUUGCAAAGAGAAUCAAGUUAUUUAUUAUGGGAAAGAUGUUAGAAGCAGGGAAGAUAUUCCUCUCAAAGAAAAAGACAAAAUUCCAGCAUUGCAGGCAACUGGGGUAGACUUCAAUACAUUUUGGGAGUUGAAUGAAGUUCUUGAUGUCAGGUAUGUAUACUCCAACAACAUUCAUGCUAUGCUAAACACAUAUGGAGUAGAAGCUGCCAGAGAAACCAUCAUUAGAGAGAUUACAAAUGUUUUCAAGUCAUACGGAAUCUCUGUCAAUAUCCGGCAUUUGACACUGAUCGCUGACUUCAUGACUCACACCGGUGGAUAUCGGCCAAUGAACAGACUCGGGGGAAUCUCAGAUUCGGUAUCUCCUUUCAGUAAAAUGUCUUUCGAGACAGCUUCUAAGUUUAUUGUUGAAGCAGCAUAUCAUAGGGAGGUGGAUGAAUUGGACACUCCAUCUGCCAGGAUUUGUCUUGGAUUGCCAGUUAAGGGAGGAACUGGAUGUUUUGAUUUGAUGCACAAGGUACAACUUUGAUAUUUCCUUUGCCUCUUCUCUUAGUGGUUGUUUUUAUUUUCACUUCACAAUUUUGCCUUGUAAAAUCUCACGAUUUUGUGUUUAGAGAAGUCAUUUAUAUCAUUGAGGUUAUCAUAUAACACAUUCAUUAAUUUAGAGUUUAUAAUUGGAGACGUUCCUAAUAUUAAAAAAGUUAGGAAAUUACUUUGUAUACUCACUUUAUUUUAUCUGUUUUAAUUUUUAUCUUCAUUUUUAUA